GAUAUUCUCCACAAUGGCUACCAUAAGUCACGGAAUCAAUUUGCUUCCACUUCGACAAUAACUUAACCUUAAAUACUACCGUAUAAAUGAAAAAAAGAGGUUUAAAACUGUUGACAGUGUAAAUCGGACAUUAUUUUGAAAAUAAGGACGUAACAAGGGACCGAUCAUGUUCUGUUGGACGAACCGUAGGACAAAAUCUUGUAAUGUCGGACGUAACAGCUUUUUAAAUGGACAAUCAGCAAAUGUUGGACAAACAAAGCCACACAAUUUAAACGUAACAAAGGACAGAUAACGUUCUGUCGUACGAACAUAAGGACAAAAUAUUGUAAUGUUGGACAUAACAGCUUUUAAAAUGGACUCAAAGUUCAGAUGUUGGACAAACAAAGAGACAAAAAGAAAAAUGCUGAAAACUGCAAAAGAUGGCAGGACCAAAGGAAAAAUGUUCCAACCUUCCGACAAAUUGAGGCCGAGAGGAAAAAGGAGAAACGGAAAAGCAGAACACCUGCACAGGUUGAAAAAGAUAGGAGUACUGCUCGAGAAAGAAUGAGGAGAUAUAGAGAGAAACAAAAAAGUAAAGAGACAGAGAAAGAAAACCUACAGUUAACAUGCAUUUUGACUAAAAGCCAGAAGGAAAAACAACGUGGACAGUGGAGAGUCUAUCUAAAAAAAGUUAAUGUGACCAAAAUUGUUAAUCGACCCCUUAAUGAAUUAUUUAGGUAUGGGUAUCUAUCAAGUUGGAUGUAGAUAAUGCAUCAACUCCGAUUUUUUUUCUACCACGGACGGAGAACAUAUCAAUAUAUUAGUUCAGUAAGUUUCGUGUCUGCCCUUUCAUUAUGUGAAUCAAGAGAAAAAAAAUCCCCUAAACGGGAAACAAUUGUAUCGAAAAAAGAAGCGUACCUUCUGUACAAAAAACAACCUAAUUAAUUAUUCAUACGCAAGAAGGUAGAAGAUCCUAGUGACCGGAAAUCAACGUUGAUUAGUUAGAAAUAUUUCAAGAUAUCAAACAGCCUCCUUCCCGAGAUUGAAAGUAGAAUGCAUUGCAUGUUAAAAAUGAAAUGGCGUAAUGGGGAUAUACUUUUGACGAAGUAGAAUCCUGACUGAAUACAUGCCUGUCUCAAGUCAGCAGCCUCUGGCCUUUGUUAGUCUUGUAUGAUUUUUAAGUUUAGUUUCUUGUAUAUAAUUCGGAGUUUUGUAUGAAGUCCAUUAUAACUAUACUAGUAUACAUAUUUUUUAAGGGGCCAGCUGAAGGUUUCCGGGUGCGGGAGUUUCUCGCUACAUUGAAGGUUGAAUAAUAAAUGCAGAUGAAACUGAUAGUGUAAAACUAUCGGCAUGAGGUUUCAAAUUGAAUGAAAUUGGUUCAUUUGAGGGUAAACUCUUGAUUUUUAACUGACUUUGCUAAUUUUGUAAUUUGCCGUAAUUUAUAUUUUAAAUUGAACAUGUACUCAUCUGAUUCCUGUAUUUCCACUGCUACAUCUUCAUCCGAAGUUUGCUCCAAGAUCUUUUCGUUGAUGUUCUCUAAAGUUCUACUACAUUUUUGCUAUAAACAGUUUAUCUGUAUCUAUAAUAAUAUUCAAGAUAAUAUCCAAAAACUGCAAAAUGUCUUUAAAAUCAUCAAUUCACGGGCAUUAUACCUGCAAAACCAGUUACCCGAUUCGGCUGAAAAUUUCAGGACAGGUAGACCUUGACCUAAUAAAUACUGUAACUUCUUGUCUUAUUUGCUCUAUAUGCUGGAGUUUUUGAGAUAUAAGCCAAAAACUGCAUUUUACACUGUGUUCUAUUUUUAGCCAUGACGGCCAUAUUUUUUUACGAAAUAAAAAAUAAAACACAAACUUUAUUUAUACACCCUACUGAUCAUUCAGUUGAAGUUUUUGUUGAAUUUUGUUGAGUAGUUUUAGAGGAGAAGAUUUUUUAAAGUUAGCAAAUAUGAUGAACAAAUUGUGAAAAAUUGUCAUUAAAGGACAAUAACCCCUUAAGGAGUCAAUUGACAAUUUUGGUCAUAUUGACUUAUUUGUAGAUCUUACUUUGCUGAUCAUUUUUGCUGUUUACAGUUUAUCUUUAUAAUAAUAUUCAAGAUAAUGACCAAAAACUGCAAAAUUUCCUUAAAAUUACCAAUUAAGUGGCAGCAACCUUACAAUUGGUUGUUUGAUUCAUCUGAAAAUUUCAGGGCUGAUAGAUCUUGAACUAAUGAACAUUUUUACCCUUUGUCAGAUUUGCUCUAAAUGCUUUCGUUUUUGAGAUAUAAGCCAAAAACUGCAUUUGACCCCUAUGUUCUAUUUUUAGCAAUGGCGACCAUGUUUGUCGAUAGAUCAAAACUUCGGAUACAAUUUAUAAACUAGAUACCCUAAGGAACAUUCAAUUAAAGUUUGGAAGUAUUUGGCCUAGUAGUUUCAGAGGAGAAGAUUCUUGAAAUAGUUUACGACGACGACAGACGCCAAGUGACGGCAUAAGCUCACAUGCCAUGUGAGCUAAAAAAGAUAACUUACGUAUUUAAAUUUGAGUAUAUUCAGCAAAACCCCGCGGAAAUCUCACAUGCGUUCUAAAAGUCAUGUACGUUCGUACAACAAAGUUUACAUUAAAAAUUAUAUAAUUCUCCCGAAUAAA